ACGAAGGAAAUGGCAGCCAAAGCAGUGAGCGUUCUUAUCACAGGAGCCAACAGGGGCCUGGGCCUGGAAAUGGUGAAACAAAUGCUGGACGGUCCCACACCAGUGGGAAAGCUGUUCGCCUGUUGCAGAGACCCAGAUGGACCCAAAGCUGAGGCCUUGCGAAAGCUGGCAGCGAAGCAUCCCAACAUCAUCCACAUGAUUCGUAUGGACGUCAGUGACCUUUGCAGCAUAAAAGAGAGCGUUCAGCAGGUGCUCUCUGUGGUUGGGAAGGAGGGUCUCAACCUGCUCAUUAACAACGCAGGGAUCCUGACCAAAUUCACCCUGCAAGAUAGUACUCAAGAGGACAUGCAAAAUGUCUUCAACACCAAUGUCAUUGGCCCUAUGAACAUCCUUAAAGAGUUUUUGCCUCUCCUGAAGGAUGCAGCGAAGGCCAGUAAAAUACCAGGGAUGUCCUGCAAAAAAGCAGCUGCUGUAAGCAUCAGCUCUUGUCUGGGAUCAAUGGAAAUGGUACCACUGACGUAUGCCGUCUUUACUGCCAUCUCAUAUCGUGUCAGCAAGGCUGGUCUGAACAUGCUGAGUCUGUGUGCUGCAGAGGAGCUGAAGGAGGAUGGGAUCCUGUUUUCUUUGUUGCACCCUGGUUGGGUGCGCACUGACAUGGGGGGAGAGGAUGGGGAGAUUGAUGUCACAGAGAGUGUGGAGGGAAUGCUUCGUGUGCUGGCUUCACUGACUGAGAAGCAGAAUGGAGCCUUCCUGGAUUACAAAGGCGAUACUGUCCCCUGGUAGCUCAAAAUUAUACAGUCCUCAAGCAGUGAAUCACUACAUGAACCCAAGUGAAAUAAAGAACCUCAGAAGUUACUUUGCCUUUAUUCUACUCAUUUUUUCAUUAAUAGGACUAACACUGACAAGU